AUGUGCAGUGCCUCCACAGACUCUUCGGCGCUGGCUACGUUCCGUGAGGAGAUGGCGGCGAGAGGAGGCUUUCAGUCCGCACCGACAGUAGGAGGCGGCGGUCCGAUGGGUCCCGGACCUCCGGUACCAGGUGCUGGACCUGGCAUGGGACCUGGGACUCCUUCGGGAAGGAUGGGACCUGCUGGGCCAGCGCAGAAUCACAUGUACCGCUCUCCGAUGCCAGGGCCUGGGUACCCGAGACCAGGCAUGCCACCUUCCAGCAGGAUGACUCCACAGGGACCUGCCAUGGGCCCUCCAGGAUAUGGGGGGAGCCCAGUGUCUCGGCCUGGGAUGCCUGGUGUCAUGGACCCAUCACGCAAGAGACCUGCUCCCCAACAGAUUCAGCAGGUGCAACAGCAGAGCAGAAACCAGCACACAAAGAAGAAGAAGAUGGCUGAUAAAAUUCUACCUCAGAGGAUUAGGGAACUCGUCCCAGAGUCUCAGGCCUAUAUGGAUCUCUUGGCAUUUGAGAGGAAGCUCGACCAGACUAUUAUGCGAAAAAGACUGGACAUUCAGGAGGCCCUCAAAAGACCCAUCAAGCAAAAAAGAAAGCUAAGAAUCUUCAUAUCCAACACGUUCAACCCUGCCAAACCAGAUGCUGAGGACGGAGAAGGCACUGUUGCUUCAUGGGAGCUGCGAGUUGAGGGACGCCUCCUUGAAGAUUCUGCUGUGUCUAAGUACGAGGCCACAAAACAGAAGAGAAAGUUCUCCUCUUUCUUCAAGUCUCUGGUGAUCGAGUUGGACAAGGAUCUGUACGGUCCAGACAAUCACCUCGUGGAAUGGCACAGGACGGCCACCACCCAGGAGACGGAUGGUUUCCAGGUGAAGCGCCCUGGAGACGUGGGCGUCCGCUGCACUGUGCUCCUGAUGCUGGACUAUCAGCCGCCUCAGUUCAAGCUGGACCCUCGUCUGGCCCGCAUGCUGGGCAUCCACACCCAGACCAGGCCAGUCAUCAUCCAGGCGCUCUGGCAGUACGUCAAGACCCACAAGCUGCAGGACCCCCACGAGAGGGAGUUCAUCAACUGUGACAAGUAUCUCCAUCAGAUAUUUGAGACUCAGAGGAUGAAGUUCUCAGAGAUCCCCCAGCGCCUGCACGCCCUCCUCAUGCCCCCAGAGCCAAUAAUCAUCAAUCACGUGAUCAGCGUCGACCCGAACGACCAGAAGAAAACGGCCUGUUACGACAUCGACGUGGAGGUAGACGACACGCUCAAGACCCAGAUGAACUCUUUCCUUCUGUCCACGGCCAGUCAGCAGGAGAUCGCGGGACUGGACAAUAAAAUCCACGAGACGAUCGAGACCAUAAACCAGCUGAAGACGCAGAGAGAGUUCAUGCUGAGUUUUGCUCGAGAUCCUCAGGGCUUCAUCAACGACUGGCUGCAGUCCCAGUGCAGAGACCUCAAGACUAUGACGGAUGUGGUCGGAAACCCCGAAGAGGAGAGGAAAGCUGAGUUCUAUUACCAGCCCUGGGCUCAGGAGGCUGUGUGCCGCUACUUCUACUCAAAGGUCCAGCAGAGGAGACAGGAGCUGGAGCAGGCACUGGGCAUCAGGAACACCUAA